ACAACAAGCAGUGAGUCGGUGCAGCUUACUCGGUACCUCGAGCUAUUGAUCAGUCGAGCCAUCACGUUACACUGCGAUACCCAGGGGUUAGCCUUGGUCAGCUAUUAACAUUUCUACCGCAUAUUGUCUGCUUACCUACCCCGUGCUUACCACUGUCACCUCGAAAUCGACCUCAAAGUACUUCGUUGCCCUCGGAGAAUCUUGCUGCACUUGGAGAACCUCGCUCUACCGUCACCAUGGUCAUCAAGUCCCGCUGGAACUUUCCCACGCCGCCAGUCUCCCUUCCGACAUUCAUCUUCGACUCGCCACACGGCGAACUACCACAGACGCCGGCGUACAUAUCAGCAAAAGAGCCGGACAAAUACUUUCUCUCGCUCGAAGACUACCGGCUCUAUGCUAAGCGUUUCGCAUCCGGGCUGCGGCGCUCAGGCCUGCUGCCAGGCGAGCGCGUGCUGCUGUUCUCUGGAAACACGCUAUUCUUCCCGUCGGUAGUAAUGGGCGUGAUCAUGGCCGAGGGCAUCUUCACCGGCGCAAACCCCACAUAUGUAGCACGAGAACUAGCAUACCAACUCAAAGACUCGGGAGCAAAGUAUCUGAUCUGCACCGAAGCAAGCUUAGACACUGGCAUUGCUGCAGCGCAAGAAGCCGGGCUGUCUGCAGACCGGGUGUUCAUCUUCGACGACGGGACUGCGACGUUCGACGGCCGCAAGGUAGAAAAAGAUACCGAUCUGGGACAUAUCCAACACUGGACAAGCCUCCUCGACACCGAGCAAAACGGCCAAAAAUACGCCUGGCCAGACCUCAAGACGCCCGAGGAACUCGACAGAGUCGUGGCCCUCAACUACUCGUCGGGAACCACGGGCGUCGCUAAAGGCGUCAUGAUCACGCACCGCAACUAUGUCGCAAACUGCGCGCAGCAGAUCCACAUGCAAACGCUAUCCCCAACUUACCAGGAGAACCUGCCCAAAAAGCGGCUUUUGUGCUUUUUGCCAAUGUACCACGCCAUGGCACAAGCUGUCUUUUGUAUGAAUGCAAUGAAGCAGCGCGUCCCCGUGUACAUGAUGCCCAAGUUCGACUUCCUCGAAAUGCUCACAUACGUCCAGAAGUACAAAGUCACCGAUCUGGUCCUCGUCCCCCCCGUCCUCAUCGCCAUGGCCAAGCACCCAGCAACGCGCAGAUUCGACCUCAGCAGCGUCGAGCACGUCUCCUCAGGCGCAGCCCCACUCGGCCGUGAAGCGUCUCAAGAAUUCGAGAGACUGUGGUCCAACGGCCAAGUCAAUGUCAAGCAAGGCUGGGGCAUGACCGAAGUAACCUGCGCAGCGACCAUCUUCGACCCCUCCAAAUACAGCGCCUCCUUCAGCGUGGGCGAGCUGGUGCCAAACUGCGAAGCCAAGAUCGUGCUCGACGACGAAGGCAAGAUUGAAGCGCCGCGGGGUGAGCGCGGCGAGAUUUGGGUCCGUGGCCCGAAUGUAAUGAAAGGGUACUGGAACAAGCUGCAGGCAACGGAGGAGACGUUUGGCGAAGGACGGUGGUUGAAGACGGGGGAUGUGGCGUAUGUAGAUGAAGAGGGGCAUUUUUUCAUUGUGGAUAGGAAGAAGGAAUUGAUCAAGGUUAGAGGGUUGCAGGUUGCGCCGGCCGAGUUGGAGGCCAUACUGUUGGAUUAUCCGGAGGUGCAGGAUGCGGCUGUGAUUGGGGUGCCGUACAACGGCGACGAAGCCCCACGAGCCUAUAUCGUGCCUAAGAACCCCGACAAAGCCACACUAGAGCUCGCUGAAGCGAUCAAAUCAUGGCUUGCGGAGCGUGUAUCAAGACACAAACGACUGGAGGGCGGUGUGCAUUUCAUUGAUACGGUGCCUAAAAAUCCAUCUGGCAAGAUUCAGAGAAAGCUGUUGAGGGAGCAGGCUGCGCUUGCGGACACGAAGGCUAAGCUGUAGAACAGGGAUGUGGGCAGAGUUAUAGAUGAGGAAAUCACCGAUCGAGAUGGUUUGUGGCAUUUGGGUCGAUGUGCUGUGG